AAGGAUUUAGGGUUUUAAACUCCAUUAUUCUCUACACUCCUUCGCUGCAAACAAAAGUAAAAAUAAAAAUGGACCUAAUGAAGAAGAGAAAGCUUGACGACAACAACAACGGCGUUAUCGUAUCCGAUAUCCCCGUUACCGUUACCCAUAACCUUACAAUCGAAGACGCAAAGAAGCUUCUAGAACCUCUCACAUCUGAACAAACCCUAGAAAUCCUUCAAAACGCCGUUAUUCAUCACAACGACGUAUUAGACGCCGUUAGAUUAAUCGCCGAUCGUGACACAACACAGAGAAAACUCUUCAUACGUGGAUUAGGGUGGGAAACAACAACAGAUAAACUUCGUGGUGUUUUUGGUAAUUAUGGUGAGUUAGAAGAAGCUAUUGUAAUUCUCGAUAAAGCUACUGGUAAAUCUAAAGGUUACGGUUUCGUUACGUUUAAACACGUUGAUAGUGCGAUUAUCGCGUUAAAGGAACCUAGUAAAAAAAUUGAUGGUAGAAUUACUGUUACUCAAUUAGCUAGUGCUGGGAUACAAGGUGGGCCAGGUGGGGGUAAUUUAGGUAAUUCGGUUGAUGUAUCGUUAAGGAAGAUUUAUGUAGCUAAUGUGCCUUAUGAUAUGCAAAGUGAGAGGAUUUUACAGCAUUUUUCGAUGUAUGGUGAGAUUGAGGAAGGGCCGUUAGGUUUUGAUAAGGCGACUGGGAAGUCGAAAGGUUAUGCUUUGUUUGUUUAUAAGACGGUUGAGGCUGCUAGAGCGGCGUUGGUCGAUAGUGUUAAGAAUAUUGAUGGGCAUGUGUUGAAUUGUAAGUUGGCUAUAGAUGGGAAGAAAGGGAAGCCCGGGGUUGUGGGUCCGGGUGUGGGUCAGGUACAAACAGACGGGCAUGGUGAUCCGAUGGGUGCGGGUCCGGGGCAAUAUGGUGUGCCGCCCCCUAGUGGUGGGGUUACGGGGUAUGGUGGAUAUUCGGGGCAUUCGUCGUAUAGUGGGCAUGGACAUGGUCCGAAUCCGGUAUUGGGUAGUGGAAAUGGUGUAGGUGUUGGUGUGGGUGGUUCGUCGUAUGGGAGCCAACCGCCUAUUAGUGGUGGUGGGUAUGGUUCGGGGAUUGGUGGUGGUCCGUAUGGUGGGGGAUCUCAUUAUGGUGGGCCUGGUUCAGCUGGAUAUGGCGGGUUGACCGGUAGUGCAAGCGGUGUGGGUGGUGGUUUUGGUAGUGCUGGGGCGUUGGGAGGUGCUGCUGGUGCAUUAGGUGGUGGUGGUGGUGGUCGUGGAUCUUCGAUGUAUGGGUUACCACCCCCAAGCUCAACUGGGUUGCCUUCGGCGGGAGAUUAUCCACCACAGGGUUCUCAUUACAGUUCUUUACAGCAACCUCACGCGCUACAAAACCAAGCUCCCGGUCCCGGGGCAUCAGGUGCGCCUAGAGUUCCACCUGGGGGUGGUAUGUACCAGGGGAUGCAUUCAUACUACUGAGGUGUUUUGACAGCUUGGUGCAGCUGCUUUUAGUGGUUCUGGCUGAAUGCAGAUUUUUAUAAGUCUGGUUUGAUGAUUUUGAUUUGCUAUCUACUUUGGCUUCUGUAUCUGCAUCUGCGCCUUUUACUGAUGUGCUUCUAUGUUAUGGUAGUCAGGCUGUUUCUUUCUUCAGGAGGCUUUGUGCUUUUUUGGAGUUCUAGUUGGAUUCGUAUUUGGAUUUAAAUAUAGUAAUGUCUUGUACGCGCUUUGAGACUUGGAAAUGAUGUGCUGUAUUGAGAAUAACUUUUAGAUUGCUGUUGAAGCCUGAUAUUAGUUUCUUAUGGUAUUUGGAAAACCUUUAUUUCCUUGCAUUUUAAUUGUCUGAAUCUAGAAUUACUUUUCUGUUG